GUACGGCAUGAUUGUUGGGGUUGUUGGAUUUGGCUGCGCUUGUGCUUGAUCUUCCCGUCGUCAUCGCUCCUGUCCCUUGCCUUUCACCUGCAUAUUGUGUGCGCCUCUUCCCCUUCUCUCCCUUUUCUCUCCCACAAACACACAACUCCCCAAGGACCAUGCGCGAUAGCUUCACCCUCCGCCUCGACUUGCCAUCUAGACGCUCUGCUCAACCAUGGCCGAGUUCAAUCUGCUCCAGUGGACUAUCAUCCUCAUUCUGAUCGCUGUCAUUCUGUCCCUCAUCGUCCUCGUCCAGAUCAUCUCCUCUUACACGGCCGCGUACCAAGCGGCGCCGCUCGAAAUUGCAACAUUUCUUGACACUGCCGACUUUUCCGUCCAAGAGAACGAGAGCUAUGAUCGUGACGUCGCAAAGGUGCAGCGCCUUGAUGAUAAGAUCCGCUUGACACGGCUCCUAAGGGAGAUCCAGAAGACGGGUGAUGAUUUGCGCGAGGACAUCAAUGGUGUGGUGAUCGAGGAGGACACCACCAAGCUAAAGACUUCCGCCAGGCUGUUGUGGGCGUCGAAGCGAUCGAGGUUAGAGGAUCGGGUUCGUAGGCUCGACAUGCUACGCAUGCGCUUCCUUGUCGUUUAUAUGGGCGUCGUCGCAUCACAAACAAGCACCACUACUCAUGAGAAACCCUCUGCGCCGCCGCCUCCGCCGCCUCUACCUGCGGCAAGGGAUCUGGAAAAAUCACCGGUUUUCAAAACUCCAACCCGUCCUGCUCUUCCUAGAGGCUUAAUGGAGGGUAUCAUCAACCGUCCUCCCUUGCGCAGUUUGACCACCCAGGCUCUCGUUAACCACCCGGAGCCCAUACCAAAACCUAGCCGUAAGGGCUGGGCGGGAGUUGUCCAGGAACUACAAACAUCGCCUAAAAUGCAUCAGCGCCACGCUUCAAUUGAGCGUGCAAUGUCAAGGUCAUAUUCCAAGUCGCCGUGAUCUUGAAGCAUCGGUUUGGUCUUAGACUUCAUGGUUUUCUUUUCG